GUGGGGAAUGUGAGCGCGCGGUUCAAAGCGCGCGUCCAACCGCGCGCUGCGUCGGCUGCGCAGGUUGAGCGCAACGCGCCCGGAUUUCCCCAAUUUUAUUUUUAAAAGAAUUGUUUCAAACAACAACAACAACAGCAGCAGUAAACAAGUGAUAAGGAGCGCUAAAACAAAAAAAAACCUACACGAGUCGCUAGUUUUUAUCCCGCCGGUCGUGAUGAUGCGACCAGUCGUCGGAGUGGCGUCUGAGGCGGUGGCGAUGUCGACGGUGGUGGUAGCCGCGGGCUGAGGGAAUCCGCGGCAAGGCAGCGCCGCUAGGCAAGACCGUAGGCUUCAUGGCGGCCUACUACUGGGACUCAAGCCGUCGCUGCUGAGGUCUCGCUCUUCUCUAUCGCUUCCCGCUCACUCCGCCGCCGCCGCCGCCGCCGCGCUCUCUCGCACGCUUCUCGCCGCCCUUCAAGCGAUGGAAGGCGAUGGCCACGGCGCGGAGAGCGGCCGCAGGGCGAAGGAGAGGCGACGGAAGGAGGCGACGCUGAAGCGGCCGGCACCGAUCGCGGGGGGGACCUCGGACCCCGCCUUGGAGAAGGGAGACGCGGGCACGGAGAGCAGGGAGGGCAGCGGCGACGGGGGUCGGGCAGCAGCAGCAGCAGGGGCAGCAGGAGCAGCAGCAGCAGAGGCAGUAGCGGCAGCGGGAAAACACGGGCCAGCAGCACGGGCAGCAACAGGAACACCCGGUGCGGCAGAAGGAAAUCACGGGACAUCGGGGUCGGCGACAGCGGCAGCAGUAGCAGCAGCAAAAACCGGGGCAGCGGCUGAAGCAGGAGGGCAUGAGGCAGCGGGGAUAACGAUCGGUGCGGCGCCUGCGGCAGCGGCGAAGCACGAGGCGGCAGCAGGAGCAGCAGUAGCAGCAGCAGGAAAAGAUGGCACAGCAUUGACAAAAUCUAAAGCAGCAACUGCAGCAAAACCUGGCGCAGAAGCAGGGAUGCCUAAAGCACCGGCAGAAGCAGCAGCAGCAGCAAACCCUCUGGCAUUAACAGCUGUUGCAGCAGCAACUGUAUCGCCGUCAAUGGCAGCAGUACAAUCUGCCGUUACAGCAGCAACUGCAUCAACAACAACAACACUAUGUGUAGUAGAGUCGACGACGACCACAUUGUCAACACAAACAGGAGCAACAUCAGAAUCGGCAGCUACUACACCUUUACCAGCAGCAAAAGCAACAACAUAUGAAUCGGCAUCUUCAGCAUCAUCAUCUUCAUCAUCGGAUAGUGAUGGUGGUGGAGGUCAAAAUAACACUGUUUGUGUUGCAUCUGAUGGUGAUGGAAGAGCUUCUGGGGGUGGUGAUGGUGGUGGAGGACGAGGGGGUGGUGUUGGAGGAGCUACUGCUCUUGGAGUUGUUGUAGAUGGUGGUGGAAGACCAGGUACUGGUGGUGGUGGUCGUGGACGAGCCGCUGGUGUUGGAGGUGACGGUAAACGUGGUGGAGGACACGCCGGUGGAGCCGCUGGUGGCGAUGCUGGUGGCAGACGAGAUGAAGAGGCCAAGGCGAGGAGCGUGGCGCAGCCUGGGACCCAGCGCUCGUUCGCCCCCGUCGGGAGAGUUCGGAGCGAGGAGAGCGAUGAGGCGUCCAAGGCUAAGUCUCUCGAACAGCCCCAGGCCUCAGGGCGGCGUCCAUCGGUGCUGUUCCGUAAGUCGAGCAUCCCGGACCUGUCGGGGAAGGCGCACAAGUUCCAGCGGCAGCUCAGCGAGGAGGACUCACGGGCUCGGCGCGGCAGCCUCGGGACAGCGCUGGCAGGCAAAUUCCUGCUGCCCGUGUCGGUGAGCAGCCAUGGAGGGGCGACAGGGCAUCCCUACUGGGGCUACCACCAGCUGCAUGCGCAGCACUCGGAUGCAGGCGGCGGUGGCGGCGUCGGCGGUGGCGGCUCCUCCUCCAACCUGGUGCGCAUGAGGAACCAGGCGCUGGGCCAGUCGGCGCCAUCACUCACCGCAAGCCUGAAGGAGCUGAGUCUGCCAAGGCGGGGAAGCUUUUGCCGCACGAGCAACAGGAAGAGCCUGAUUGUGACCAACACGUCACCCACCCUUCCGAGGCCUCACUCCCCACUGCCUGGUGGACACACUGGAGGGAGUCCUCUGGACAGCCCACGCAGCUUCUCACCAAGUGCUCCCGCUCACUUCUCCUUUGCCACAGCUCGCAGCCAUGUGCACAGGACAGACAGAGAUGGGCGCCGCUGGUCUCUGGCUUCACUGCCCUCCUCGGGGUAUGGCACCACCACCCCCAGCUCAGCUGUUUCGUCCUCGUGCUCGUCACAGGAGCGUCUCCACCAGCUCCCGGCGGCGCCCACUGCCGACGAGCUGCACUUCCUCUCGCGCCACUUCUGCAGCACGGAGCACCUGGCCGACGAUGACGGAGGAGGGGGAGGAGGAGGAGGAGGAGGUGGUGGAGGAGGAGGAGGUGGUGGAGGCGGCGGUGGCGGCAGCUGCGUUAGCAGCGUCGGCAGCGGCGGACGACGCUCGCCUGCGCUCCGCCCCCGCUCACGCAGCCUCAGCCCUGGGCGUUCCCCAUCUGUGUACGACAAUGAGAUCGUGAUGAUGAACCACGUCUACAAGGAAAGGUUCCCAAAGGCCACAGCGCAGAUGGAGGAGCGCCUGCAGGUGCUGGUGGCAGUGAACGACCCCGAGGACACGCUACCGCUUGCGGACGGCGUGCUCAGCUUCAUCCACCACCAGCUCAUCGAGCUGGCGCGUGACUGCCUCGCCAAGUCGCGCACCGGACAGAUCACGUCGCGCUACUUCUACGAGCUGCAGGAGAACCUGGAGAAGUUGCUUAAUGACGCUCAGGAUCGCUCUGAGAGCAACGAGGUGGCGUUCAUCACGCAGCUUGCCAAGCGUCUGCUCAUCGUCAUCUCCCGGCCGGCGCGGCUGCUCGAGUGCCUGGAGUUCGACCCAGAAGAGUUCUACCACCUCCUGGAGGCAGCUGAAGGCCAUGCCAAGGAAGAUCAGGGAAUCAAGUCGGACAUCCCGCGCUACAUCAUCAGUCAGCUGGGCCUCACGAGGGACCCGCUGGAAGAAAUGGCUCAGCUGAGCAGCUGUGACAGUGGGAACCCAGAGACCCCCGAGACCGACGAUGCAACAGACUCACGAGCGGCAGAGAGCCUGCCCAAGAAAAAGCCGUGUGAAGAGGAUUUUGAGACGAUUAAGCUCAUCAGCAAUGGUGCCUACGGCGCGGUGUACUUGGUGCGGCACAAGGAGACUCGUCAGCGAUUUGCGAUGAAGAAGAUCAACAAGCAGAACCUGAUCCUGCGCAACCAGAUCCAGCAGGCCUUCGUGGAGCGCGACAUCCUCACCUUUGCUGAGAAUCCUUUUGUGGUGGGCAUGUUCUGCUCCUUCGAGACAAAGCGCCACCUCUGCAUGGUCAUGGAGUACGUGGAAGGGGGAGACUGUGCGACGCUGCUGAAGAACCUGGGCGCUCUCCCUGUGGACAUGGCACAGCUCUACUUCGCCGAGACGGUGCUCGCGCUCGAGUACCUGCACAACUACGGCAUCGUGCACCGUGACCUCAAGCCGGACAACCUGCUCAUCACAUCCAUGGGUCACGUGAAGCUGACGGACUUCGGACUCUCCAAGAUCGGACUCAUGAGCCUCACCACGAACCUGUACGAGGAGCACAUCGAGAAGGAUACGCGCGAGUUCCUCGACAAACAGGUGUGUGGCACACCCGAGUACAUCGCCCCGGAGGUGAUCCUGCGACAGGGCUAUGGCAAGCCUGUCGACUGGUGGGCCAUGGGCGUCAUCCUGUACGAGUUCCUCGUCGGCUGCGUUCCAUUCUUCGGGGACACGCCCGAGGAGCUCUUCGGACAAGUCAUCAGCGAUGAGAUCGUGUGGCCCGAGGGAGAGGAUGCACUGCCAUCGGACGUCCAGGACCUCAUCACGGGGCUGCUUGAGCGAAAUCCUCUGGAGCGGCUUGGCACAGGUGGAGCCUUCGAGGUGAAACAGCACCAGUUCUUCCACAGCCUCGACUGGGACGGACUGCUCCGACAGAAGGCGGAGUUUGUGCCUCAGCUCGAGUCCGAGGAAGACACCAGCUACUUCGACACGCGCUCGGAUCGCUAUCACCACCUGGACUCCGAGGACGACACGAACGACGAGGAGCCACUCGAGAUGAGGCAAUUCUCCUCCUGCUCGCCCCGCUUCAAGGUUUACAGCAGCAUGGAGCGUUUGUCCCACCACGACGAUCGGCGCAUCCCCACCACGCCCGCGACGCCCACGCCUACGCCCACCCCGACGCCCAAGCGCAGCGCCAGCGAGGACAAGGAUGAGCGCGGCAGCCUCGUCACGCUGCGCGCGCACGACAAGGGCUGGAUGCUCGGUUCGCCAGAAAUCCUUCGCAAGCGUCUGUCGGGCUCGGAGUCGUCGCACACGGAGAGCGACGGGAGCCCGCCCGUGACGGUGCGGCGCCGGCGCUCGGCGCUGCUCGACAUGCCGCGCUUCGCCAUCGCGCUCGAAGACCAGGAGGGCGAGGCGGCCUGCACGGCGGCCGCAGCGGCGGUCGCGAUAACGGGCGGAGGAGGUGCGACGUUGUCGCACGCGCCCGUCACACGGAGCGGCAGCAAGUCCGGCGCCACGCAGGCGCUGCUCACCAUCGGAGAGCUGGCGCUGACGGAGGAGGCUGGCGGGACGCCCACCACCCCGACGGCCGGCGGCGAUAACAGCAGCUCCACACUGUCCGUAGAGAGCGGCACGGACGUCUCGGAGGGCCCCGCCCGUUCCCGUGGUGACAGCGCCGACUGCUCGCUGCUGGACGGCGCCGCGUCUGCGGCCGCGUCGGCGACGUCGGCCAAGGCGACGAGCGACCUGGCGGUGCGGCGCGCACGCCACCGGCUCAUGUCGGGGGAGGCCGGGGCGACGCCGGCCGUCGGGGGACCAGCCCCCGAGCGGCGCAAGGCCAAGCCGCUCAACAAGGUCAUCAAGUCGGCGUCGCACAGCGCGCUCUCGCUCGUCAUUCCCUCCGAGCAGUAUGUGGGCUCCCCACUGGCGAGCCCCAUGUCCCCGCGCUCGCUCUCGUCGAAUCCAUCGUCGCGAGACUCGUCCCCGUCGCGGGACUUCUCCCCGGCGCUGGGGGCGCUGCGCUCGCCCGUCGUGAUCCACCGCGCCGGCAAGAAGUACGGCUUCACGCUGCGCGCCAUCCGCGUCUACAUGGGCGACUCGGACGUCUACUCUGUGCACCACGUCGUUUGGAACGUGGAAGAGGGCAGCCCAGCCAACGAGGCCGGACUGCGCGCGGGUGACCUCAUCACGCACGUCAACGGGGAGCCCGUGCACGGCCUGGUGCACACGGAGGUGGUGGAACUCAUCCUGAAGAGCGGCUACAAGGUGUCCAUCGCGACGACGCCGUUUGAGAACACGUCCAUCAAGGUGGGGCCUGCACGGCGCGGCAGCUACAAGUCCAGGAUGGCUCGGCGCAGCAAGAAGAGCAAGAAGAAGGAGGGCACCGACAAUCGCAAGCGCACGUCGCUGUUUCGCAAGGUGACACGCCAGGCGACGCUGCUGCAGACGAGCCGCAGUCUGUCGUCCCUCAACCGCUCGCUGUCGUCCAGCGAGAGCGUGCCGGGUUCGCCCACGCACAGCCUGUCCCCGCGCUCGCCUCCACAGUGCUACCGCUCCACCCCAGACUCGGCACACUCCGGAGGCACGUCGUCUCCGAGCAGCUCCCCGUGUUCCAGCACCCCCAACUCCCCCGCGGGCUCGGGACACAUCCGGCCCAGCACCCUGCAGGGGCUGGCACCCAAGGUGCAGCGCACGUACCGCUCGCCGCGCCGCAAGUCAGCCAGCAGCAUCCCCCUGUCGCCGCUGGCGCGGACACCGUCGCCCGGGCGACCUUGCUCCAGUGCCACAGGGACGGCGGCCGGAACCGGAGCGUCCGGGUCCCCCCCGCCCUCGCGCUCCGAGUCGCCCACACCCACGCCGUCGCCCGCGCUUUGCCAUCCCGGGCUCGCGGCCGGCGCCGGCGUGGGCAAGAUGCACUCGUCGCCACCCACCGUCAUACGGCAGGUAUUUGUGAACGCCUCCCAGUCCACGCGUCCCAAGAGCGCCGAGCCCCCGCGAUCCCCACUGCUGAAGCGCGUGCAGUCGGCUGAGCGUCUCGCCUCCGUCUACAAUUCCGACAAGAAGCAACAGCAGCAGCAGCAGUUACAGCAGCUGCAGCAGCAGCAGCAGCAACAGCAAGGACAGGCACAGCACACGCCCCUUUGUCGCAAGCCCGACCCGUGCGACCUGCGCAAGGAGGACGCGUCGAGGCCCGAGCGCGGCUGCCUGCGCAAGCUGAGCCGCCAGGAGCACGACGACGGGGAGGAGCGCGAGCGUCACCACCGCGAAGGCUGCCUGUCAGCCAGGGCCGACAAGAGCAAGCUGCCCAAGCAGGAGAUCGAGGCCAUCGAGGAGGGCAGCGACUCGGAGACGGAGGGCGAGAGCACGGGCGACUCGGACAAGACUGCGGAUGGCUGCGAUGCCGCCGGACAUGGCUGUGGUGAGCCGGGGCACUGCGUCCCGGGGGGCGCCGCCAAGGGGGCGGUCCAAGAGGCUGGAACGGCGAUGACGCCGGUUAAAGACUCCGCGCAGCUGGCGAUGCCAAAGCGCUCCUCGCCGGUGUCCGAGGGGAAGGCCACGGGCGCGAUGGAGAGCUGCGAUCGUGUGGGGCUCUGCCGGGACAAGGAGCCAGACGUUGAUCUCAGGCCAGACCUGAGGGCACAUAUGGACAAACGCAUAAAGCAGCAAGAGACCGUGCCAAAGAUUGAGUUGUCGAACGAAAUCGAUAAAGCGAGUGCCGACAGCGCUACGUCAAGCCAAACUGUGAUAAAAAAUCUCGAACAAGGCAAUUCCGUGGUUCUUUCCAUGGACGCUACAGGCGCAGCAGCAGCAGUAGUGACGGGGGCAACAGCAGAUAAGUUGGUCCAGCAGAAGCUGCCAGAGACCUCUCCCUCUGGAGCAAAAUCCGAAGUGGGUUCAAAACCAGAGCAGGUGCCGCGGAUGGACCAGGGUGUCCAAACAGACUCGGCGCUCACCAACUAUCGCCCUGGAAUCCUGCGGUCAGCUGAGCGGAGGAGCAGCUCCCUGGUUGAGGGAAUGGUCAAAUCAUCGCCAGCACCUGUAGCUGGGUUGGGAACGGCAGUCACAGCGAGGGAGGCGUCGACGUCGAUGAGCAAGGAGCCAGCGGUGUCAGCAGGCAAGCCAGGGCCCUCGAAGCGGCAGGCAGAAGCAUCCAUCAGUGCAGGCAGCAGCGUGGCCCCCACAUCGUUGGGAAAGGCAGAGGAUGCCAUGGCGUCGAAGGUCAUUUUGGACCUGCAGGGGAUCCUGCUGGACCCGCCGAAAGCCAUGUCGGGCCAGUGUUUCACGCGCUCGGCAUCCGUCUCGACGCUCAACAAGAGGGACGCUCAGCAGAUCAAGGGCGAGUUCCACGCGGAGGCGAGGGCGACCGCUGGGCUGGCCGGGCACCCGCUAGUCUGUACGAGCGACGCCAUUUCCGCACUCGAAAGGAUUUUGCUGUCGUCGUCGAAGGUCGGCCCCGGGGGGAGACCGGCGCCUGACAGGGAGCUUGGCACAGAGCUCGGAGAUGGCGCAACAGCCAAGGCGGUCGCUCGCGCGGCACCCGGAGUGGGCGAACGAAACCCAGCGCUGAGACCACUCGUGUCCUCUUUGCCGAGCUGGGAGGCGAAGGCAGUGGUGGCGGUGUCGGAGAGGGAGCGGCGGGUGCUGCGCCCCGGCUCCCCAGCACCGGAGCGGAAGCGUCCGUUUUCCUGGGCGCCGACAACAUUCCCAGCAGAUGCAGAGGCUACAGCCUUCGUGCCACCAUUGCCACCGCAGCUUCCACCACAGCCUCCACCGCAGCCUCCACCGCAGCCUCCACCACAGCCUCCAUUGCAGCAUCUACCACCACCACCAACACUGAGGGUGGAGGAAAGGAUGAGCAGUGAUUCCCAGCCCAAGGAGAUGGACGUAAAGUCUAAAGCACCGGGCAGCAGCAAGAAAUGAGUGUGAACAAAGACAAAGAAGCAAAUAAAGGGAUAUUAGCAUGUUUACUACGCCGUGCUGCGGUUUGACUUUUAUUGCUUCCCCUGAAAUUAGUUUCCCACAAACCCCGCCUGCCUCAGCACUGUCAUUGUGGCUCUUCCUGACCAUCCCUUCAUCCUGAGUCCUGCUCGUUUAUGGAUUCCUUGUCGAAAAAAAACACAUUUAUCCCCGCUCUCCCCUGUGCUAACUGCCCCUGACCACGACCCAAUUCUCUCAAGGCCAAACCUCACCCCUGUUGGACCAUGAUCCCAUUAACCUCUGACCCCUAAACCCACGUCCCUGGUAACUUGUUCCCUGUGAUAUUUGCUUGAAGCAGGCGUUGCAAACCCGUCGGUAGAUUUUUUUUUAUUAGUCUUGAAUUGCUAGGCCAGUUGGGUAAUCGGUGUCACCCACAUAAUUAAUUAGUUUGGAGAUUUGGCUGGGUGUGACACACACACAUACAAGCACCAUGCAGAGGGGAGAAAAAAUUGAAACCCUCAGUACACCGCUUGCUCCGCUGGUUGCGGUGACUUGACAUCGGUAGUGCAUGUAUAUCGGGAGGGUUGUAGCGGUUGAACGGACGAGUCUGUUGGUCCAUCUUGUAGUUAGCAGUUUCUAGAGUUAUCCGCUUCUGCCUGUGGUGGUGUCGGUGUCGGUGCUGUUGGCUGUGCCGUUGUACAUAAAACACGUUAGUCGCUUUGCAGUGUGGCUGCACGUAUUGCUCACAUUGCUUGUCUCUUUAGGUGUUAUUCUUUUUACACUGAAAUACUUGAAAGCUGUAUGUAUGUGUAUGUAAAUAGUAUACAGUAUUUAUGCAUUAAUUGGCAUUUGGCAGUGUUGAGCUUUGUAAGUGAAGCCAACGAAUUAUAGCAUAGGUAGUGCUCCUUUUGGCCCCAGCAGCUGUGUGCUUGGCUCCCCAGUGGUGUCACGUUCAGAAACAAUGUCUUAGUUUUCUCUGCGGUGCAUAUGCAAGUCAAUCAGCUACAGUCAGAAUAUUGUCUGGCUCGUUUAAGUAAAUUUCUUCCCCAAACUUGGUAAAAGUCGGAAUUGUGUUUUCAAGUUUCAUCACACCUCGGACACUGCACACUGUCUGGCUUUGCGACUAGAAGAAUGUUUAAAAAAAAAAAGUUCCUCCUGCAGACUGUGUGGGGACCAAACACAAAUGGAUCCCAAUUUGGCCAAUUUGGUUGAGGCCUGCAUAAAUAUUUAGGAAUAUAAAGGAGUCCGAUCAUGGGGAUAUAGGUGGCAAAUUUUAAGUUUGCUCCCUUGCUUGCAGACGAAUAUUGGUUUCCGUAUAGUUGGUUUCUAAAAAGAAAAAAAAUGCUUCUUGGAAAACAAGAAAGGCAGAGGUAAACAUUUUUCCAGCUGUAAAUGCAAACUUUGUCUAACCAGUAUUCUGAGAUCUCACUCCUUUCAUGAUCAUCCUGGUGUACAUGCAUACGCCAGACAUGUGUGGCUUUUCAAUAUUUGUGAGUAUACCAUUAUUCUUUUCAUUUAACUGUUGGAAGUUUAGUUAACUCGCCAUCACAUCCCUGCUGUUUGCGGUCACUGUUGUCUGUGGGAUUGCUGGCAUCCGGUGAAUCAGAUGUGGGUAUGUCGCCACUGGUCUGGCCAUAAUGACAGUGGAGAGCCCCAAAGAGUAUGGAAGCAUCUUUAUCAUACAAUAAAGGCCUGGCCUGGAGAAUAAAUGGACAAUUGGACUAUAUUAGAAUUCGUAUUCAAUGUAAUUUGGUGAAAUGUUCACAUGGGCCGUUUUUUUUUAAUCACACACAUUUUGCACACGGUCUCAGAACACGAGGACACAAAUGGUCUGUGUUUGCAGUGGAGAGUUUUUUUUCCCCAUUCCUGAACAGAGCAGGAAGGAAAGAUCUGCGAGAUGCAAGAGAAUCGCAGCAAAAUGGGACUGUAUGGCUGAAAGCAGAGUGUGGUGCAACAUAUCAGUGUGAAACUACGAUAAAACUAAAUAAAAUACAUUUUACCGUGAUCUGGCCAGUAAUUUGGUGAAUAUCAGUUGAUGACCACAAGUAAGCCACCAACUGCUCCAAAAUAUCAGUGUAAAAAAAACUAAAAUAUGAAUUUCGAUUAAGCCACCUGCUGCUUUAAAAUUAAGCCCACAUUGCAAAUGUAAUAUAUCGAUGACAUUGUGACAUGGAAACUAGGUUGUGCCGCAUGGGAUUCUGCUUUACACUGCAAAUUAAGAAAGUGUGCAUUCCAAUGUAGUGAGAUACGUGGCCACGUUUAAUAAUAUUUGGGUGGAUGGUUUUUAUUUACUUCGCAAUCAGUAAAUGCUUUCCAUUUUGUGUUAUUUUUUUAUCAAUGGAAAAAAGCAUAAUAUAUCCACGGUUUACUUGGUGUGACUCGUUACAAAAGUUAAUUACAUUAAUGGGGAAGAGAAUUGAGCCGAAGACGCUCGCUUUAGAUGCAUUUUCUGCUGGUGUCUGCCAGGAGUUCCUGGAAUCGCAGUGCACUGCACCCUUUGAGGGCAACUACUGUUCGUAAGAACUUGCCUCGAAAGUCUGUAAGGUGUAUUUGUGCGAGUCGGAGCAUGUAUGCGUGUUGAGCCCAUUCACAUACUACAAGUGCAUGCAACAGAAAUACAUGACUGUGGCAGAGGAAUUGAUUUAAUUUCCAUGCGUUCCUCUGCAUGUUAUGGCUUUCUGAUAGUUUGGGGAAAGCAAACUCAUGUGGAUCAGCAUAGAUAAUGAUAAACUACAUGAUAUUCCAUCUCAUUAACUGGGAAAAUACACAGAUUGGGCUCACUUUUGAGAAUUAGAUGCUACAAAAGGCGUAAUGAUCAAAUGUUAUCCUGGAUUCUUAUAAAGCCACUUACAAACCAUGCAUUUACAUAUUACACUGCAGUGAAGUCGGGUAACAAUGAGAAAAUUAAUAGUGAUGAUGUCAUUGUGUUGCACAGGUGUCGGUGCAGGAUUUUGACUUAGAAUGCCCAUCUGCCAAUAGGAUAUGCUUGUCUUUCAGCAAAUAAAUGUUCUGAUAUUAUUUGGACGUCAUUUGCCAAAUUCACAAACCAAAAAGUUAUUUAGAUUAGAAAGCCUCAAUUUUAAAGCCCCACUGUGUUUUUGCUGGUUCAUGUUUAUAACGUCUGUAUAAAGCAACUUUGACAAUUGUCCACGCCUUUCUGGUGACUUGUAUAAGUACGAUUCCAGUCCGAGUCCAUUUUACUGUGCACACUUUGCACAUUUCCCAUUGGAAAAUAUUUUAUCGUAAAGGGCAGUUGGCCAAGUGGUUGAUCAUUCUCAACAGGAAAAAAACACAAAUUUGUCAUAUAUUUCCACUGCAAAAAUAUUGUCUUUGAAUGGCAAGUGUUUAAAUACUCUAAGAAUCCCAUUCUCAAAAAUAACAUUCAAUCUCCCCUGUGUGGUCAUGUGUAUAUAGCAAGAAUACACUCAUGGAGCCAAUUAAUGUAGUGUGUGUGCACGUGACAGAAGCAGGGUCUCUCAUGAAUGUAAAUAUUUAGCAGAGGUGUUUGAUGUUAUUGUUGCAAAUGCUUGUAAGAGGUGCGGUGCCAGUGCGGUUGGUAACCUGUGGUCGAGGUUGUUGAGAGUGCAGUGCGCAUACCUAAAGAGGCCAUGCUGCAUUUAGUAUGGUUACAUAUUUUUGGCAUGCACGUUUAGUCUACAUUGCUUCUUUUGAACAAAUGGGCGCAAAUAUGUUCAGAACGCUCAACUGCAUUGGCAGCUCAUAACAAGCAUUGCAAAAUCGGAGAGCUGCCUAUCCCCUACUAACAUCGUUUACAAUUCAUGAUCCUUAUGGGGUUAUGGAGUAGUGGUAACCCAGAUCGCUACGUAUCCUGGCGACCUCAAUUCGAUUCCCUACAAUGGCUAACAAUGGUGAGUUAUGUCUGACCUGAUCCUUGGCAACCUCUCUUUACCAGCCUACACUAAUCUGCGUGAAAGUGUGGUCAACCCCAUUGAUGAAUACAAGUUUUAGUUUAUUUGUUUAAGUUUCUAUGUUUAACUAACCGAGAACUCAAGACACUGGGAUAGUCUCAUUUGCAAGAGUUACCUCGGGUCUACAGUGUGGAAAGGCCUUCAUCUCCAGCAGUGGAUUGGCAGAGCACCGUUAUUUAAAAUGCACCGUAUGUCUUUUAGGAUGUAUUUCUGUAUUUAAAUAUGAAGUGAGCCACUACAAGCCUCCAUUUGCAAACAUGGCUAAUUGUACUUGGUCAAGUUCUCAGUGUGCUUUUUCUGGUUUGGGAUCUGGACCUGGUCUUGAACCAUCUAUGCCACAUCACAUCCCAGACAGGCACAGCCACCACUUCUCCCUCUGACUGAUGGUGUCUGUGGGCAUCAAACUUGAUCUUGAAUCCCCACUAGUGGAUGCAACGCCAGCUAGCACCAUAUUUUGUCCAUUUGUGUUGUCAUCACUUCCAUUUGAGGGUUGGCUUGUCUAACUUUAAGAUUGACGUUAUUCACAGUCCAAUGCAUAGAUCACUGGACCUCUUAAAUUAGAUGCCAGUCUAUGGCUAUUUUUGUCAGACAACCUUUAAAGCAACUGCUAGUCAUUUUAUUUGACAUGACAUUGAAAUAACUUAUGUUGGUGCUGUUAUCCAGUGACCUGAACAUGAGGGUUUUUGUUAGUUUUAUUGCAAGGGAAUAAAACACCAACUGGCUUGUGUUCGCGACACGGAUCACACAUUCCGUAUGCGUUUUAAAUCGGACGUGUAUCUCUAUAACCUCUUAGAAUACAUCUAACAGAUUUGUAUAUUGUUCACCUCACACUAAUUGUAGAAAAGCGGGAAUUAGUUGAGAGAUGCUCAUUUUGGACAGUGAAACUCCCACACCUGCUUUAUGGUUGUGGUUAAUGGUGGCUGGUUUUGGUCGAUUGUAAAUAUCGCAAGUUGGGCCGCUAGAUCAAUAAUCUGUAACAUCCCAGUUUAAGAAUCAAUAUGCUUUUAGCACUGCCAAGUGUCAAUACAUUUUAGGUUUCAUUGGUUUUGCGACCCUACGUUCAUGAGUUUUAUUGGGCAGAAAAGGAAUUGCGCAAAUGUAUAGUCAGGGCAGAGCGCGUAGUCAUUUAUUGUUCUGUACAUUUGUAUUUUUUCGCCGUGUGUUGUUUACAGCCCCCGCUGAGGAGUUUGCGUUUGUAUAAAGAUGUUUUUUUUUAUUUGACUGUUUACUCAAUGCUUGUUUACCAAGAGAUGGAGUUUUUUUUCAUGGAUAUAAGUUGCGGGUUUGAAUAGUUGCGUUAUUUGUCGUAGACUUAAUGCAGUAGUUAUAUUUUUUUGCAGUGGAUAUGUGCUGCGUGAAUUUGAGAGACAUGAUGCUGGCCGAUUGGCCGUAUCUCUUUUAAUUUUUUGGUCAAAGAAAACGUCUUUUGAUUUUCGCAUGCUAUGAUCCAGGGCGUGGAACGCAUUUCCCUCAGCUUGUGAAAAUAUAAUUUUUACCUUAAACUGUACACGUGUACAUCUGUAUGAAAGUGAAUGGUGGCCAGUGAGUGACAUCGGAUGCAGCAGGUAAGCUUUUUGUCUAACAGUGCCCCCUAUGAGUGCUCCAAAGCACACAGUUAUGUACGCAUUCUCUUGGUCUAUCUAUAGUGUAUAUAUGCGAGCGUGUAACAGCAAAUUGCGCUUGAUUCGAGCCUCCAGCUUAGAUACCCGGUCUCCAUUCUAUGCCGAAGCGUGCAAGCGCGCUUUUUACCUACAUAGUAUAUAAAUUUAAAAACAAAAUAUACAUAUAAUUAUUCAUAAACUUCCUUUGCAGCCAUUUCACAAUGAACCUUCCCAGGCAGAUUCCUCGAUUCUUCAAAAAUGUGUAUGUGACCAUGUGUGUAUGUAACCAAUUCCCAGAACUGUAAUAAUUUUUUGUAUAUAAAUUGCAACUAUUUUCUGACACGCAUUACGGUAAAGCAACAACAUUUUAAUUCCAUACAAAUGUAUUUCCAAUCACUUAACAUGUCGUUAGAAUCCAUAACAAUCUUAUAUUACCAGUCCCUUAACACGCAGGUUAAUGUAACAAUAUUUGUAAUUUGCUCAGCGUAACUUUUUUUUAUCAAUUUCUAACGUUUCUAUUUUGCAACAAAUGUGUGUUUUUUUUCAUUCACACGCAACAUUGAGUUACAAUCCAUAACAAGGCAAUGUUUUCCGUCCAGAUCGUUUCUCCAUUACAGCUCAACACACUUCCCGUGAUAGCCACGACCGGUUCCCCAUUGCCUCACCUCUGGUGAAUUAGAGGGGCGACUGGCCUUCGUCUCUUGCGUCUGCCAAUGAGCCAGUUUAACACGGAAUCUAUGGUCCGAUUCCUGUUGACUUCCGACAGGGGCAUUGUUACCAAAGCACGCAUCUGUUUUUUAUGCUGAUUAUAAAUAUCCCGUUAUAUAAUUUGCAAGAGUUGAUCAUUGUGUGCCAGUCUCCCGUCUAAAAUUCAAAUGUAAAUAGCUUUAAAUGUUCAAAAUUAAAAAAAAUCCCUUCCGUAGCCAGUUCCUGCAGUUUGCUUCAGAUUGAGACUGUAUCAAUGGUCUAUUACUUGGAUAAUAAACAGGAUAGAAUUAUAAAUAUAACCAUUAAAAACCUGUUCUUUAUUUUUAGCGUUUGUUAAAUAUAUUAUUUAACGUACGUGGAGUUUUGUAAUGGGCUGGGGUCUAGCGUUUGUCCAUUUCAGCUGCUCGCUGUACUGUUUUGUCGUUGUGUGUCAGUAGUUUUGUUCUAACGGUCCCCAAACAGGCACUUCAUUCACAACACCGAGGCCCAAAGCAGACCGACACUCGGAUUAACGGGAGAAGAGUGAAGGAAAUAAUGGUUUCUGAAGAAUAAGAAAUCCUGUUUCAAUAUUCCCCACGUUUAAUCCGGCAUUUGCUCGUACAUUGUAGUCACGGAGAGCAGUCACUGUGUCAAGUUCUCUGUGCACGUGUUUUGUUGUUGGAAGUGAGUCUCUGUGCAGCUCUCGUUUAAGUGACCACGUGUGGAUCGGUGCAUGUGUCCUGCAUUGGAUGUAGGAUGUGCGGCUGUGUGCAUGUGCUGGCCUGGGUUGGGCCCUUUUGAAUGUAAUGCAUAUAAUAAAUCCAAAUGGGCGCUGAUCUGUGCAGGUUAAAAGUUAAGUAAAAUUCACCCGUGCUCUCUUCGGGCUUAAGCGGUGCUCAUCUCCACAUGGUUUUGAGCAACUGAUGGAAAUUCCACGUUCUCAUGGCACGGCCCGGUUCCCAAAGGAACGGCCACUGCUGACUUGGCACCGAGUGGGUGGUCAUAUAACUGUGACCCCAUGGGGAUUACGGUGAUGACGGGCCUAGGUUAGCCCUCUUGGUUUAGGAGGCGAAUAUGGGAAUUCUCUUACAUGUGGGGUUCUCAUCAGUGUGCACAGCCUAAGGUUAUACCGAGCGACUAAUAAUCCGUGACGGACAGGGCAGGUUGUGUAAUCGCACCCUGAUUGCGUUGUGGCUGUUGUGAGCACGUUGAAGAGGGAAGAUCAAGAAGUCUACAUAGCAAGGGUAUCUGCGUGUGUGUAUAUAUAUUCUGCUGUCUCGUUGGGAAAAUAUUGUCUGGAAGGUAUGCAUGUAUCGAUUCGCCCAACACCCUCAUGGUUUAGGUGAACGUAUUCUUGUUUGCCCAUUGCCGUGGCAUCCUAUGAUCUAUAGUGACUGCAAAGUUUCCAUGGAACUGCAUGGUUUCGAUGAAGCAAUCACACACGGAAACAAUUGAUUCUUGAGAGCACAAUCCGAUGCGUGCGUUGUGAGUGCAAGAAUCGACGUCAGUAUGAUGACUCGUUACAUGCCUGCCGGAAGGCGAGCUGUUUGUUCCUCUAAAUUAACACGUGCUGGUGUCGUCGUUUGUGCUGUGGCAGUCACGCGUUUAAUGCACUCUUAUUCUUUCGUGACGUUUGUCAUGCAGAAUGGCGAACCAACAACAGCUGUUGAGUUGUGCAAUAAAACAUUUUGCAAAAUA